AUGGAGGGAUAUGAAAGAGCAAGAUCUUCUGCAGAACAAGCUGUUGUGAGACGUUCAAAAGUCUUUAAUGACUUUCCAUCAAAAGGUGUAUCCUUUUUAGAUAUCACUCCAUUGUUUUUAAACUAUCAAGAUUUUGAUGUUUUAUUAUCAUAUUGGCAACAAAAAUUCCAAGAUGUUGAAUUGGUAGUUGGAUUAGAAGCACGUGGAUUCAUUCUUGCAACUGCUAUUGCUCAAAAACUUCAAAAGGGAGUUGUCUUGUUAAGAAAGAAGGGUAAACUCCCAGGAACUGUCCUCUCUGAGACCUACUCAAAGGAGUAUGGAAAAGACGAAUUUGAAAUCCAAGAGGAUAUCUUUUCCCAUGCCCCACUUCCAAAGAAUCUUCACAUUUUGGUGGUAGACGAUGUCCUUGCCACCGGUGGAACUCUAUGCGCCUCUAUAGAAUUGGUAAAGAAAGCACUUGCCAAGAACAAUAUCAAGCAAUACAAAAUAUCAACUUGUGUUGUCUCGUCCAUUAAAUGUCUUUCCGGAAAGGAAAAGAUCUAUGAAAAGUAUAAUGAUGUUUCAAUUGAUGUCAUUCAUGAAAUUUAA